UUUUGCAAACGGUGAGUGUAGUGCCUUGUCAUCAAUUGUAUAAGUUUUUGGAUGAUUUUCUUUCGAAUUUUUAUUCAAAAACAAAUAAUCAUUAAGAAAAUUUAAGAAUGAUGUGGAACAAUAAGCACUCACAAUAACAAUACAUUAAUUUUGUUUUACAGAUAAUGGUUUUGUAACCAUUCAUUGUGAUGCCGGUGGAUGCUGACUACAACCGCACAGACGUGGUGUCGCUUGUUUGUGAGCUGAAGGGACUGCGCACUUGGAAAGACAUUUGUUUGGUUCGAAACUCUCUUUUUCAACAACAGUGUGUCCUUCAAAGGUCCUGACACAGAAGUAGCGAUCGUAUACUACCAACAAGGAAAACUGCUGUGCCGAACAUAAGCCAGACGUAACUUGGCCUACAUUUGAAAGUAAAUUAGUGCGCAUCGUGAUCACCGCGGAGUACUGGAAAACUAAACGAGUGCAAUAUUAAAGUACUUUUAGUGCAAUCAGACGUUAGACAUUAGUGAAGUGUUUGAAACUUGUUGUUAAAGUGAAAUUAUAGUGGAACAAUGGAGCGUGAAUCAAAUCCUAUGGAAGCGCUUUGCCGAUCGGGCUGCGGUUUCUACGGCAAUCCCUCCACAGACGGACUUUGCUCAGUUUGCUUUAAGGAAGCGUUAAAGAAGAAACAACAGCCCCCCGCGACGACGCCGUCGGCUGUGUCUGCUCCCUUCGUAGCGUCCGCACCCACGCCACUGUCGGCCGCCGCGCCCACCGUGCCCAGCCUGCCCGCCUCGCCGCAGCCGCUUGCAGACAAGUUAGAAGAGGAGAGCGCGGCCGGCACCAGCGCCGCCACGUCGGACAAUGACGCCGAUGACAAGGACACAAAGGAUAAAAAGAAAAAGAACAGAUGCGCUGUUUGCCGCAAGAAGGUUGGACUAACGGGGUUCGAGUGUCGAUGCGGCGGGCUGUUCUGCGCCGUGCACCGGUACAGCGACAAGCACGAGUGCUCGUUCGACUACCGAGAGCUCGGCGCGCAGGAGAUCCGCCGCAACAACCCCGUCGUCGUCAGCCAGAAGAUACACAAGAUAUGAGCCGCGUCCCGAGCCGCACCGCCGCAUCCUCCACUCCUCAAUAAAUGUUCGAUCGAGUCUGUGUUUCUCAUUCGCGAGCCCGGUCGUGUAGCGCACGUGACCUGACGUCAUCAGUCUACGACUUUCUAAAAGUCUGAAAUGCAGACUCGAUCCGUCGUCCGUUUAGAUUUAAUCAGUGGCGAGUUUACUUUAAAUUGUUUAAAUAAAAGCCGCAGACUAAGCGCGUUGCGGCCGCGAGUUCGGGAUUUUAUUUUACGAGGUCAUCAGUAGAGUUGCGAAUGUUGUCCGUUCACCUCCAUUGUAAAUAUUAGUGGUAAUUAAUUAUAGAGACGAAUCCUAUAUAUUGUAAAAAAAAAUAAAACUUCAAAAAAAGCUAUGACACGCUACGUUUUUGGAGGAGAGCAUAGCGUGGUCGCGGGGUCGUGAGGAUCGCGGGCCGGCGCCCUAUUGACUCGUGUUCACUGUUGGCGAACACUCGACCGCGCCGGCCGCCCACCACACCGGAUGGUUCAACUUUACGUCAACUUCUUAUUAUUAGUGCUGUAAUUACGGUUUGGGAACUUGUCGCUUUAUUAUCGUAACAUUUGGCGUGAGUGAUAUAGCGUGUAGCGAGAUUGUUGUGUACCGGCGUGAGGAGAGCGCGCGAGCGACCCGCUCUGCUCGUGUGAAAAUUUUAAGUAAGCAUAUGAAUAGUUAUACAUAUUAUAAGUAGUCGACACUUUAUAUUAUUACACCUUAUAUAAGUAGGAAAGAAUUAUUUAGCUUUUUUUUUCUUUUAAUCACAAUAUUAUUCAAAAUUGUAAGUUGUAUGUAAUGUUGUUCAUUUUAGUGGUGAAGUUGGAACCGACAUAGUUAUCGUAUCGCUUCGGUCUCGUGCCCACGGUAGACUAACUGAUUGGUUGAACUUAAUUAUUUAAUGACUUUUGUUGUAUAUUUUGUUAGGUCAUUGAUUAAUUUUGGUCUUCGCUUUCGAACAUAAUCAGAUAAUGUUAAUGAUGAAUAAUUUUUCUUCUAUCUUGCUGUUUUAAUUUAGUUAUUCUUGUAUUAAAGUCAUUAAAUUUUCAGGAACAUA